UUGUGUGCUAACAGAGAAACAGGAUCUUUCCAUCGCAGAGAGUAUUGUCGUACAUCCGACAACGUUAUAACCGUCGUGAUCUGCGCAACAUUUUUAAUAAAAGAAAAUAAUGAGGCAUAAUUUGAAUAUAUCAGAAUAUCUCAUUUUGUAAUAUUUUUAUAAUGAUUUUAUGCUAUAAUAUUUGAGAUCGUUCUUCAUAUAUCAGUGGUGUUUAGAAGACCUCCCGAGUGCUGUUAUUAAUCAGCUGAGCAGACUGACUGUACGAUCUUCCAUAAUGUGAGAAUUUACUUAGAUUUCACAACCACAUUACUUUUCGCUGCUUGUGCUCAUGGUUAUAGCACCCCUGAUGCUUUUGGACAUCGAUUUCUCAUGGUAGCUGAAGUUAUUAUUGGACAGAUAGCUAAAGGGGAUCCUUCCAUGAAAAGGCCCCCAAAGAAUCCAACCACAGGGGAACUUUAUGACACUACAGUAGAUAAUGUAAAUUCCCCAAAAGUCUUUGUAAAAUAUGACAAGCAGGAAUAUUGCCCUUUCUAUAUCAUAGAGCUCUCCUAGGUAACUUGAAAAAGAAAUAACUAAGAUUAUAAAUUUAUUAAUUUCUUGCAGUUGUAAGUAGACUGUAGAACUAAUGCAGUUAGAAUUGAAGCUCUGAACUAAAAUUUAUUUAUAUCCAAGAACCAUCUUUCAUUUUGAUCAUCUGAUAUUAUUUUCAGUAAUAGAUAACCAUUGAAAAAUACAGGCCUUGUAUAAAUAUGUAAUUAUUGAUGACUGUGCAUGCUAUUUCUAAUGAAGGCAGUAAGAUACAUCUGUAACAUUUUUAUUUUAAGUAGUUAAUUAUACUCUUGAAGUACUCUUGAAGCACUCUUGAAACAUGAUUAACUUGUAAACUUCUACUUGUAAAAUCAAUGCAUCUUAAUUGAGGAUGUUUGCAAUUAUUUCCACAAAUUUACACAAAAGAUGAUGUCACAUUACAAUGUAGCUUUUCAGGACUUGAACAUUCCAAUGAGAAUGUUAGAAUUGUAAUCUAAAUAAUUCGAAGUGAGAUGGUUAGACUAAUCUAAA